GCAACCAAGCACGCUCUCAUGGCAUUUCUGGGCCUCAUCAAUUACUGUCGUCAAUGGAUCCCUGACUGUUCAAUCUAUGACAAGUGUUUGCGUUCAGCUAUAAGUCACUCAGAUCCUUUGACUCAGCCCCUGGUCUGGACUGAGGACAUGCUAACGGCCUUCAAGGCUCUGAAGCAAGCUUUGUGCUCCGCCCCUGCUCUCGGGCUGCCGAACUAUCGUUUGCCGUUUCACCUGUAUGUGUGCAAUCAGAAGGGGACCGCCUCUGGGGUGCUGGCUCAGGAGCACGGGGGGGGGGCAUGCGACCUUGCGCGUUUCUGUCUAAAACUCUUGACGCUGUGGCACAAGGGCUUCCUGGCUGUCUUAGGGCUGUUGCUGCGUGUGCUCUCAUGGUCACGGACGCUGAAAAACUUGUUUUGUCGCAUCCGCUCAUUUUACACACUUCACAUGACGUCGUGUACAUUCUGCGGAAUCUUAGCACUCAGCAUUUGUCUGCUCAGCGUCGCUCUGGCUAUGAGUUUAUUCUUUUGGCCACAGAGCAUCUCACUGUUAAGCCCUCCUCGUCGUUUGAUUCUGUCGCCCACGCUCUUCAGCGUCUUCUUAACUCACAGGAUGACGAUGUUGCGUUUGACUCACAUGACUGUCUUUCUAAUAUCGUUUUUGAGACUAGCAUCCGCCCAGACUUACACUCCACCCCUCUUUCCACAGGCGAUUCUCUUUUUGUAGAUGGUUCCUGUUCCCGCCCUGCGGAUGGUGUGUUCCUGUGUGGUUACUCUGUUUGUCGCCUCCCUGAUGAAAUUGUUGAAGCUCAUUCUUUGCCUUUUUCUUCUGCUCAGGCUGCGGAGCUCUAUGCUUUGACUCGCGCAUGUAUUUUGGCUCAAGACACAGACGUUACUAUUUACACCGACUCACGCUACGCUUUCGGCGUGGCGCACGACUUCGGCCGCAUUUGGGCGUCUCGGGGGUUUACGACAGCCGACGAUUUUUGUGUUUCAGAAAGUUGCUGUGACAAUAGCUGACGGCCUUUUCAGGGAUCCCCUUCCAGCAUCUGGAGCAAUCCAGUUUCGGCUGAUCUACAAAGAGGGGAUGGUUGGUGAGUCUUGCAAAGUUCUGGGCUGAAGAGUCUGAAAAGCACGGGAGCCUGUGAUAUUUUUCGCCGUCUGCACCCUGUGAGCAUUAGAGAACAAAGUCAGUGACCAGUAUGACUUUCUUCAUCAUCGUGCUGAUCUCAACGCUUGGGGCAGGGUUACCCGCACAAGCAAUACACCGGAACCCAAGGGAUAACGAGUUUUGGAAAUAUAUAAACUUCACUGUAAAAACAUCAAUGAAUAUGAGUAUACCUUGUUAUGUGUGUUCUUUGUUACCCCAUGACAGCAGCGAUCCUUUUCCGGUCCGAAUAGCCCCAUCUAACUACUCUAAGGUUAAUAUGACAUGGCUCAGCCUGUGGCCCGUUUCUUUUCCGUUGUUGCAUGGAUCGUAUAUAUAAUAUGAUGAUCUCGCACACAGGUUAUAUCCCUGUGUCGGCCAAGACUGGGGUGUGAAUAAUACUCUGGGCUUGCGUCAGAGUAUUAAAGAGGGGAUUGUAAGAAUAUAAUCCUGAAUACUCCUAAACCUACUCUUGUAAAUGCGCGGCCCAAGGGUGACUGUCGUGUAGUGUAGCAGUUUAGGGUUAACUUUAGGCCAGAGAUAAUACGCGCUGCUCUGUACAUUUUGUACUUUUCAUAUGUUCUGUUCCUGUUUCAUAUCCUGAUUUUGUCUAUGUUUUUGUGUGAAACAUCUUGUUGAACUGUGCAUAACUCCUGUGUGACCUUGAUACUGAGUGUGCAAAGCACAUUCCAUAACUUUCCACUGCUGAUACUCCCUACGCAGAGUGUAUAUAAA